GCCUUCGGGCAGCCUUGCCCGGAGACCUCGUUGACCUUGUGUUUGGUUUUCAGGGCCGCCCGGGCCUCUGCCCACCAGUGCCACCCCCUUCCUCAGACCCUCAGCGUGCUGAAGAGCACCCCUCAGGUGAGGGGCAUGCACACCAUCAUCAGGAACAAGGAGACCAGCAGAGAUGAGUUCAUUUUCUACUCCAAGAGACUGAUGCGAUUGCUGAUCGAGCAUGCGCUCUCCUUGCUCCCGUUCCAGAGUUGCACAGUCCAGACGCCGCAGGGACAGGACUACGAAGGGAGGACGUACAGCGGGAAGCAGAUCACCGGGGUGUCUAUCCUGCGAGCGGGUGAGACCAUGGAGCCAGCGCUGCGAGCGGUGUGCAAGGACGUCCGCAUCGGGACCAUUCUCAUCCAGACCAACUGCAACACGGGCGAGCCGGAGCUCCACUACCUGCGGCUGCCCAAGGACAUCAGCGAAGACCACGUCAUCCUGAUGGACUGCACGGUCUCCACGGGCGCAGCAGCCAUGAUGGCAGUGCGGGUGCUGCUGGAUCAUGAUGUCCCAGAAGACAAGAUCUUCCUCCUCUCCCUGCUUAUGGCAGAGAUGGGCGUCCACUCGGUCGCCUACGCUUUCCCCCGGGUGAAGAUCAUCACCACAGCUGUGGACAAGAAGGUGAAUGACCUUUUCCGGAUAAUCCCGGGCAUCGGGAACUUUGGCGAUCGGUACUUCGGGACCGACGCUCCUCCCGACUGGAGCGACGAUGAAGAUGCUCUUAGCACUUAGCUGGAUACGGAAACGCCACCGGCAACAGGCAGCUUCAGCACCGCACCUUAACCCCUUCUGUCCAUUGCAGAGAUUUCUCCUUCCUCCUCACCAAGCAUAGAUAUUUUUUUCAAAUCGUACGUUGGAGAUCUAGGGCAUAUUUUUUCAAAGAAACACAAAACCUAGUUUCAUUUUGUGGACAGCCACAUGUCCCAGCAUAGAGCGGAGUUAAUUUAUUUUAACUUAAAUAUUUGCCUAUAUAAUUUAUUGGAGAUAUUUUAUAAAGAAGAAGAAUAAAUUUUCUCUCUGGUUUUCUUGAA